UGCUUUGAUGCUAGCUAACGACGGCUAGCUUUUAGCAGCUGUUUUACUUCUGACUUCGUGGCUCAUUGAAUUAAGAAGCUAACGUUUAUUUCUUGAUUAUUUUAAGAUACACUUCGUAAAAUGCCGCAUUUAGUUACAACACUUGUGGCCGUUGUUUGGUUUAGUCCAGAGGUUUGUGGAAAAACUGUGACGGGACUUUUUAAGAGCGACGAGGCAAGACAGCAGAAUGGACAGUUUAUCACCCAAUUCAUGUUCCAGGGGGACAGUGGACUCCUGGUGGUCAGAGUGGACAACGUGGCUGAAGCGGUCCUAAAGGGGUCCAGACUGCUGCUGUAUCAGGACAUGGACCCAGACCUGGACCACCUCAGCUGUUCUCAGAGACUGGCUGGAGCCCAGUUCACCAUUGAACUCAGACAGGACGAACACAACCAGACCAUCCCCCCCCUGGUGACCCCUACGGCCUGGAGGGCCCUGUACGCCGAUAAAUACACCUGUGAGCAGGAUGCUCCAGUGCUUCCUUCUCGCUCAGACCUCAGUUUCACUGUUUUGCUGCUGAAUCCAGAUUCUGCUGGAAAUCCACUGGAGCACUUUAGCGCCGAGGAGGCGGGUCUCCUCAGGUUCUACUUCCUGUUGCUGCUGGCCUAUUUCAUCACUUCCUGUGUUUACGCUCAGCCUUUGUACCAGGCUCUGAGGAAAGUGGGGCCCAUGCACACGGUCCUCAAAGUCCUGACUACGGCCCUGGUUCUGCAGGGCUGCUCUGCUCUGUGUAACUACAUCCACCUGGACAGGUAUUCCAGGGACGGCGUUGGGAUUCCACUGAUGGGAAAACUGGCAGAAGUACUGGACUCGGUUUCCCAGGUGUCCUUGCUGUACCUGCUGCUCAGUCUGGUUCUGGGCUGGACUCUGGGCAGAGGUCGGACCAAACCUCUGCACUGGGAACGAACACCUGCAUCCACUACUGUCACUGUGGGCGGAGUCAUCACACAGGGUGUCCUGCUCUUAUGGGACCAGUUCUCGGACAGGGACAGUCCCCUCAGUCCCCAGACUCUGGCCUCGGUCCUGGUCCUGGUCUUCAGGGUGGUCCUGGUCCUGCUCAUGUCCUCUGUCCUCUACCAGAGCAUGUCCACUGAGAGAAGCCGGCUGAAACGGGACUUCUACUGGAGCUUCAGCAAGGGCUGUUUCCUGUGGUUCCUCUCUCAUCCUGUCCUCGUCCUCUUAUCCGUCGUCUUCAAUGAACAUCAGAGACACAAGGUGGUGACUGUCGGGGGGAUCCUGUGCCAGUCCAUCUCCAUGGUGAUCCUCUACCAGCUCUUCCUGUCCCGGUCUCUCUACUGGGAGGUGUCUUCUCUGUCCUCGGUGUCUCUGCCACUCACUAUGUCCAGGACCAACCACAGGGGGCGCUACUGAGCUAAUGACAGACAGACACACCCCUUCUGUCAGGAGGCGGGACAUCCUGUCCACACCUAGAGGAGGACAUUUACAGUAAAGCCACAGUAGGUCCAUGUCUGUAGGGACAGGAAGGAGGGCCAAACAACGUCCACAAAUGGACAUCCAAGAAGAGUGGUGUUUUUAGACUUAAUCCAGUAAAGGAUGGAAGGUAGGAUGAACAGGAUGGAAGGUAGGACGAACAGGAUGAAGGUAGGAUGAACAAGAUGGAAGGAAGGUAGGACCAGCAGGAUGGAAGGUAGGAUGAACAGGAUGGAAGGUAGGAUGAACAGGAUGGAAGGUAGGACCAACAGGAUGGAAGGUAGGAUGAACAGGAUGGAAGGAACAAU